GGCAGUGGAUGCCAGCGGUAGGGAGACGGACCCCUCAGUGCCCAGUAAGGAGGACAUCCCAACCUUCGACGAGUGGAAGAAACAAGUCAUGGAGGUGGAGAAAGAGAAGAGUAAGAAACACACACAGGCACACACACACACACACACACAUGCAUACACACACACAGGGACAUGUUCCCCUCAUUAAUAUCAAGUUCAGGAGAAGCUCAGUGACCGUGAAGAAGGGAUGAUGGUCGCUACAGUCAUUUUUCAGACAAACGAGUGCAGAGACCUCACAUGUCCAUUCAACUCCCUCUUGAUCGCUCCCUCUCUCUCUCUCCUCUCGAUCUCUCCCCCUCUCUCUCUUCCUCCUUCCCUCUAUUCUUCUCUGUAUCCCUCAUAGUUUCUCUCCCUUGCCUUUCAUUCUUGAAUAUCUUCCUCCUCUCUCUGAAUGAGGGCAGUAUGGGUAUUGGACCGUGUGUGUGUGAGUGUUAACCUCUCACCCUCCUGCUCCUCUGAGGCAGCACUCUUUUUUCCACCUUCACUAAUGGCCCGGUCUACUGGAGCAGAAGGACACAUACACAUGAGCAUGCCACAUGGACUGCACACACACACACAAAUGCUUCCAGAUUGCGUACACUACCCUCACACUGUUAGAUCAUAGACAGCGUGGCAGGGUCAGUUAACCCAUUGUGUUAUUAUGCGCUGAGCUAGAAACUGGAUCUUGUGUAGAUAUCUUGUUCUCAGCUUCACCAUCAUCACACACAGACAGACAGACAGACAGACGGGGGGCAUUUUCCCUGUCUUAAAAAACCCACCCAAACAACCAUCACAUUUAUAAACAGAUGGUGUGACGGUGGCUGAAUACUACAAUUAGUGAUUUCAUCUGAAGUUUCCUCAAAAAGACAGGAAAACACUGACUGAACUGUCAUGUUUAAGUUAGUGAUAUUUUAAAAGGUUUUAUUUGGUCAAAUAUGAAUGAAUACCCCUGUUCUAGACAUCAGUCUCACAUGGCCCCUGUGUACCCAACCUGCACAGAAUGAAGUGAGCCGACACAGCAGUAAAUAACACUAUAGAAUACAUUCAGACCAAUGACAAACACCACUGUUGUACUUUACUUAUCUAUAAGCUAGCAUGCGUAUGUGUGUAUAUAUCAAUGUGUGUGCGAGUCGUGGAGUGUAUGCAUACCUGUGCAUGUGUCCUUUUUUUACGAACAACCUAUCCGUUCUGUGCAUUUAAGGUACACCACGUACAGUGUACAACACACUAUCUCAGCCAGGCCUGCACAUAGAUAACCUAUAGCAACUAUAGAUUAUAGGAAUCAGACUAGGCAACGGAUAUUUCUUGACCUUACCUUAUCACUACAUUAUCUACAUGGAUAAUGAUGUGUUAUUUACAUUAAGCUGACCCAGUUAACCCAGGGAUUCCCCAGAAAACAGUGGAAAUUGUUACUCAGUGGACUAUCCUAGUUAAAUUAGUAGAAUGAAUGAAUGAGUUCCCUUAAAGGGAUGCUCCAGAGCUUUUUUAUAAUUUCAGCCAGUAGUUUUAAAAGUAGUGUGCACGAGACAAAACGGAUCCCGAAAAUUGUGCACAAUUGUGUACUACGUCAUCCAUUUCGUAUGAUAUGUUGCGUCAUUUUUUAUUUUUUUAUUCAUACAACGUCAGGAAUUUGGAAGUGUUAAAAAUCCCGGUCUGCAUCUUUAGCACGCACAAACAUUUUGUUCUUCUAUCCUCGUGGGGACCUAAAAUUAAUUUCCAGUCGAAAUCCUAUUUUCCCUAACCUUAACCUGUAACCCAAACCCUAAACCUAACUCCUUAAAGUCUCUGCAUGGUCAAUACAACUUCUGAAGCCGUACAGCAUUUACUGCGAUGCAGCCUCCGCAGACGUCAGGGCUUUCAUACUUAUUGCGCUUAGCGGAGCAGAGCAGAGCUAUUGUGAAGGAAGUUAAGGAAGUGAGUUUGUGUUUAUACAAGACGCACCACCCCCACCUACCGUCAACCAAUCAUGUCAAUGCGGAGUUAUACGGAGCCCUCCACAAAGCUACAACAUUUGAGAGGUGCACAGCGAUGCGGUACUCCAGAGGCUCCGCAAUUGCGUCUCACCCUCCAUACAAAGUCUGCGACCACAUUUUCGGAUCAAGCUUGAAUUGGCUUUUACCCUAACCCUAAUUGUAACCCUAAACUUAACCACUAAACUUAAAAUAGCCUUUGUUCUCAUGGGGACAUGGGAAAUGUCCCCACAAGGGAUACUUUUCCUUGUUUUACUAUCCUUGUGGAGACUUGGGGAUUUUAGGUCCCCACAAGGAUAGAAGAACCAACCCACACACCUCCUAACCCCCCUGUCUCUUUUUCUCUUCUCCAGCUCUGUCCCUCCAUACUUCCUCAAGUGGAAGCCCCCCUGUGAAGAAGGUGCAGAAGAACUUUAAAAACAACUAUGCUUCUGUGGAGUGUGGAGCGAAAAUAUUGUCAGCUAACACAGAGGCCAAGGUAACACACACACAAAACAUGAAGUCUUAUGUUCUUAGAAUAGUAAUAAUCUGUCCAUUGACUCAUUUUGUGUCUCAUAUUUGCCAUUUCGUUCUCUCUCUUUCCUCUCUUCUCUCGUUUCCAGAGUACGUCAGCUAUCCUCAUGGAGAAUAUGGACCUGUACAUGCUGAACCCCUGCAGCAACAAGAUCUGGUGAGUCACGCGCACACACACACACACACACAUUCUAGGGGCAUGUGUAUGCUUGUUGAUGCAGGAGACGUUGUCACUUUUCCUUCAGGGAACAUUGUGUAAAAUAAUUAGAUGUCAGAUUCAUUUUCAAUCUGUUCAUCUCUCAUUGUGUAAUUUUGUGGACAGUUUGCCCUUCCUCCUCUCUCUCUCCCUCCCUCCCUUUCUGUCUCUCCCCUGGUCCUGGCUGCUCUCUGUGAAGCUGCAGGGUGACAACGGGUGACUCAGUGCUCUGCUUUGCUGUUUCCUCCACAAACAUACACGCACAGACACACACAUUGUCCCCUCAGCACGUGUGACUCCAACUGCCAACGCAGAGGUCAAGGGGAGAGCAGGCAGUUGAAAAUUCUCACAUUAUCAUUCCUCAUCUACCUCUAUCUUCCUCUUCCCCACCUCUCUCUCUUCUCUCUCUCUCUCCCAUUCUCUCCUUUUCUCUCUCUCUCUAGGUUUGUGAUAGAGCUUUGUGAGCCCAUCCAGGUGAAACAGUUGGACAUCGCUAACUUUGAACUCUUCUCAUCCACGCCUAAAGACUUCCUGGUCUCCAUCAGCGACAGGUACACGCACACCUGUCCCGUUUCUUUCAGGACACACACACACGCCCCUCUGACCACCCCUCUCUUUCUCUCGCUCUCUCUCAGGUAUCCCACCAACAAAUGGGUGAAGUUGGGAACGUUCCAUGCCCGUGACGAGCGCACCGUCCAGAGCUUUCCAUUGGACGAACAGCUCUACGCCAAAUACAUCAAGGUACACACACACUUACACAUUCACACCUACACACACACUGCAAACACCCAUAAACACACACACCGCAAACACACACACACACACACACACUGCAGACACACACAGACUGCAGACACACACACACACCAUGUAUCUUCUAUGUUCUAAGCCCAGGGGGAUUCCUCAUGACUUCACGGUAGGUUUCCUAUGUCAUCAACAUGAGACUGGCUCCCUACUCAGACCUCACAAUAUGCGUGUGUGACUGUGAGGGUGAAAAUGUGGAAGGAAAUAUUCUGAGGGUGUUGGGAUGUAUUUCAGCUACCUUUCCUCCCUACUUCUAUGUGUAAUAAAUACAGUACUAAUAGUAUGGGCCUACUAUAUUGUAGUCUUUCAACUCUACUCCUCCUCGCUAUCUUCUCUUAUCUAACGCUUUAAGUGUUAUUGCAUUUAUUUAUUUAAUUAUUUGUGUAGUUUAAAAUAACAAUAUUGUGUGGGAGCAUUUUCUGUGAUGUUGGGUUAAUAUGAAUAUGCCACUGUUACCAAAUUACAAUGAUGAAUUGUAAUUUCACAAACUACUGUGUGACUAGGUCCAAAGGUUAUUUAGCUUCAAUAAGAACUGAAGCUGUUAUCAACCUGAUAUGUCUUGUUGUUCUGCUGUCUCUGUCUGUCUACCUCGUCCCUACUCCUCUGAAGUAACUGCUAUGAAUACUUACAGUGCAUUCGGAAUAUAUUCAGACCCCUUGACUUUUUCCACAUUUUGUUACGUUACAGCCUUAUUCUAAAAUUGAUUUUUUUUUUUAUAUAAUCACACUACACACAAUAACCCAUAAUGACAAAGCGAAAACAGGUUUUUUGAAAUUAAAAAUGUAUUACAAAUAAAAAACAGAAAUACCUUAUUUACAUAAGUAUUCAGACCCUUUGCUAUGAGACUCAAAAUUGAGCUCAGGUGCAUCCUGUUUUCAUUGAUCAUUCUUGAUGUUUCUGCAACUUGAUUGGAGUCCACCUCUGGUAAAUUAAAUUGAUUGGACAUGAUUUGGAAAGGCACACACCUGUCUAUAGAAGGUCCCACAGUUGACAGUGCAUGUCAGAGCAAAAACCAAGCCAUGAGGUCGAAGGAAUUGUCCGUAGAGCUCCGAGACAGGAUUGUGUCGAUGCACAGAUCUGGGGAAUGGUACCAAAAAAUGUCUGCAGCAUUGAAGGUCCCAAAGAACACAGUGGCCUCCAUCAUUCUUAAAUGGAAGAAGUUUGGAACCACCAAGACUCUUCCUAGAGGUGGCCAGCUGGCCAAACUGAGCAAUCUGGGGAGAAGGGCCUUGGUCAGGAAGGUGACCAAGAACCCGAUGGUCACACUGACAGAGCUCUAGAGUUCCUCUGUGGAGAUGAGAGAACCUUCCAGAAGGACAACCAUCUCUGCAUUACUCUACCAUUCAGGCCUUUAUGGGAGGCCAGACGGAAGCCACUCUUCAGUAAAAGGCACAUGACAGCCCGCUUGGAGUUUGCCAAAAGGCACCUAAAGACUCUCAGACCAUGAGAAACAAGAUUCUCUGGUCCGAUGAAACCAAGACUGAACUCUUUGGCCUGAAUGCCAAGCGUCACGUCUGGAGGAAACCUGGCACCAUCCCUAUGGGGAAGCUCGGUGGUGGCAGCAUCAUGCUGUGGGGAUGUUUUUCAGCGUGAGGGACUGGGAGACUAGUCAGGAUCGAGGCAAAGAUGAACGGUGCAAAGUACAGAGAUCCUUGAUGAAAACCUGCUCCAGAGUGCUCAGGACCUCUGACUGGGGUGAAGGUUCACCUUCCAACAGGACAACGACCCUAAGCACACAGCCAAGACGACACAGGAGUGGCUUCGGGACAAGUUUCUGAAUGUCCUUGAGUGGCCCAGCCAGAGCCCGGACUUGAACCCGAUCGAACAUCUCUGGAGAGACCUGAAAAUAGCUGUGGAGCAACACUCCAACCUGACAGAGCUUGAGAGGAUCUACAGAGAAGAAUGGGAGGAACUCCCCAAAUACAGGUGUGCCAAGCUUGUAGCGUCACACCCAAGAAGAUUUGAGGCUUUAAUCGCUGACAAAGGUGUUUCAACAAAGUACUGAGUAAAGGGUCUGAAUACUUAUGUAAAUGUUAUUAUUCCUUUUUAUUUUUUUUUAUCAAUUCACUAAAAUUUCUACAAACCUGUUUUUGCUUUGUCAUUAUCGGGUAUUGUGUGUAGAUUGAGGGUGAAAAAACAAUUUAAUCAAUUUUAGAAUAAGGCUGUAACGUAACAAAAUGUGGAAAAAGUCAAGGGGUCUGAAUACUUUACGAAUGGAAAAAAUACUUUAAGUAUGAAAAAUGUAUGCACUCACUAACUGUAAGUCGCUCUGGAUAAGAGCAAUAAAAUGUAAAAAUGAAUGCACUUUAUAAUACAUUUCCCUUUUAAUGCUAUUUGUACCUUGUAUUGCUUCGUAUACCUUACCCUGUCCUUUAUUGCUUUUGCCUUGUAGUCUCUUGUAGAGCAAGCAUUCAGUCUGAACACUGUGUGUUAUGUUGUCAGGAAAAAAAGAAAAGAAAAUUCCAAAGAAAAAGGACCAGAUGCUUGACUUGCUUGUGGCAUGAAUCAGCCUUUUUACUGAUUUAUCUCCUUUUUUCCUCUCUCUCUUCCUCUUCCUCUUGCAUCAGAUGUUCAUCAAGUACAUAAAGGUUAGCAUUCUUCUCUUUUAGAGGUUGUAAAUAUGCAAUAAUGCGUUAUAAAAUGUAUGGGGAGCUUUGGUGGCAGUGCACAGAUACUGUAAUGCAUGACCAAAACAAUAAAACACACAUAAAUAGAAAUGUUCAAUGUUCUACAUUGUAGAAAUAACACAUAUGGAAUCAUGUAGUAACCAAUAAAGUGUUAAACAAAUCAAAAUAUAUUUUAUAUUUGUGAUUCUUCAAAGUAGCCACCCUUUGCCUAGAUGACAGCUUUGCACACUCUUGGCAUUCUCUCAACCAGCUUCACCUGGAAUGCUUUUCCAACAGUCUUGAAGGAAUGCCCACAUAUGCUGAGCACUUGUUGGCUGCUCUUGCUUCACUCUGCGGUCCAACUCAUCCCAAACUAUCUCAAUUGGGUUGAGGUCGGGGGAUUGUGGAGGCCAGGUCAUCUGAUGCAGCACUCCGUCACUCUCCUCCUUGGUCAAAUAGCCCUUACACAGCCUGGAGGUGUGUUGGGUCAUUGUCCUGUUGAAAAACAAAUGGAUUGUCCCACUAAGCCCAAACCAGAUGGGAUGGCGUAUCGCUGCAGAAUGCUGUGAUAGCCAUGCUGGUUAAGUGUGCCUUGAAUUCUAAAUAAAUCACAGACGGUGUCACCAGCAAAGCACCCACAGACAUUUACAUUACAUUUUAGUCAUUUAGCAGACGCUCUUAUCCAGAGCGACUUACAGCCUUGGUUUCUCAAAUGACUGCCUCGCCUGGUUCACCAACUACUUCUCAGAUAGAGUUCAGUGUGUCAAAUCGGAGGGCCUGUUGUCUGGACCUAUGGCAGUCUCUAUGGGGGUGCCACAGGGUUCAAUUCUUGGGCCGACACUUUUCUCCGUGUAUAUCAAUGAUGUCGCUCUUGCUGCUGGUGACUCUCAGAUCCACCUCUACGCAGACGACACCAUUUUGUAUACAUCUGGCCCUUCAUUGGACACUGUGUUAACAAACCUCCAAACGAGCUUCAAUGCCAUACAACACUCCUUCAGUAGCCUCCAACUGCUCUUAAACACUAGUAAAACUAAAUGCAUGCUUUUCAAUCGAACGCUGCUGGCACCCGCCCACCCGACUAGAAUCACCACUCUCGACGGGUCUGACCUAGAGUAUGUGGACAACUAUAAAUACCUAGGUGUCUGGUUAGACUGUAAACUCAACUUCCAGACUCACAUAAAGAAUCUCCAAUCCAAAGUUAAAUCUAGAAUCGGCUUCCUAUUUCGCAACAAAGCCUCCUUCACUCAUGCUGCCAAACAUGCCCUCGUAAAACUGACUAUCCUACCGAUCCUUGACUUCGGCGAUGUCAUUUACAAAAUAGCCUCCAACACUCUACUCAGCAAAUUGGAUGUAGUCUAUCACAGUGCCAUCCAUUUUGUCUCCAAAGCCCCAUUCACUACCCACCACUGUGACCUGUACGCUCUUGUUGGCUGGUCCUCACUACAUGUUCGUCGUCAAACCCACUGGCUCCAGGCCAUCUAUAAAUCACUGCUAGGCAAAUCCCCGCCUUAUCUUAGCUCAUUGGUCACCAUAGCAGCACCCACCCGUAGUAUGCGCUCCAGCAGGUAUAUCUCACUGGUCAUUCCCAAAGCCAACACCUCCUUUGGCCGCCAUUCCUUCCAGUUCUCUGCUGCCAAUGACUGGAACGAAUUGCAAAAAUCUCUGAAGCUGGAGACUCUUAUCUCCCUCAAUAACUUUAAGCAUCAGUUGUCAGAGCACCUUACCGAUCACUGCACCUGUACACAGCCCAUCUGAAAUUAGCCCACCCAACUACCUCAUCCCUAUAUUGUUAUUUAUUUUGCUCUUUUGCACCCCAGUAUCUCUAUUUGCACAUAAUCUCUUGCACAUCUAGCAUUCCAGUGUUAAUACUAUUGUAAUUAUUUUGCACUAUAGCCUAUUUAUUGCCUUACCUCCAUAACUUGCUACAUUUGCACACACUGUAUAUAUAUUUUCUGUUGUAUUUUUGACUUUAUGUUUUUUACCCCAUAUGUAACUCUGUGUUGUUUUUAUUGCACUGCUUUGCUUUAUCUUGGCCAGGUCGCAGUUGUAAAUGAGAACCUGUUCUCAACUGGCUUACCUGGUUAAAUAAAGGUGAAAUAAAAAAAAUAAAAAACAGUUAGUGAGUGCAUACAUAAAAAUAAAAAUAAAUGUUCAUACUGGAAUCGAACCCACAACCCUGGCGUUGCAAAUGCCAUGCUCUACCAACUGAGCUACAUCCCUGCCGGCCAUUCCCUCCCAUACCCUGGACGACGCUGGGCCAAUUGUGCGCCGCCCCAUGGGUCUCCCGGUCGCGGCCGGCUACGACAGAGCCUGGAUUCGAACCAGGAUCUCUAGUGGCACAGCUAGCACUGCGAUGCAGUUCCUUAGACCACUGCGACACACCAUCAUACCACCUCAUCCAUGCUUCACGGUGGGAACUACACAUGCGGAGAUCAUCCGUUCACCUACACUGCGCCUCACAAAGACACAGCGGUUGGAACCAAAAAUCUCCAAUUUGGACUCCAAACCAAAGGACAGAUUUCCACCAGUCUAAUGUCCAUUGCUCGUGUUUCUUGGCCCAAGCGAGUCUCUUCUUCUCAUUGGUGUCCUUUAGUAGUGGUUUCUUUGCAGCAAUUCGACCAUGAAGGCCUGAUUCACACAGUCUCCUCUGAACAGUUGAUGUUGAGAUGUCUGUUACUUGAACUCUGUGAAGCACUUAUUUGGCCUGCAAUUUCUGAGGCAGGUAACUCUAAUAAACUUAUCCUCUGCAGCAGAGGUAACUCUGGGUCUUCCUUUCCUGUGGCGGUCCUCAUGAGAGCCAGUUUCAUCAUAGCGUUUGAUGGUUUUUGCGACUGCACUUGAAGAAACGUUCAAAGUUCUUCACAUUUUCCGUAUUGACUGACCUUCAUGUCUUAAAGUAAUGAUGGACUGUCGUUUCUCUUGGUCUUUUACUUGGUCUUUUACCAAAUAGGGCUAUCUUCUGUAUACCUUGUCACAACACAACUGAUUGGCUCAAACGCAUUAAGAAGGAAAGAAAUUCCACAAAUGAACUUUUAAGAAGGCACACCUGUUAAUUGAAAUGCAUUCCAGGUGACUACCUCAUGAAUCUGGUUGAGAGAAUGCCAAUAGUGUGCACAGCUGUCUUUAAGGCAAAGGGUGGCUACUUUGAAGAACCUCAAAUAUAAAAUAUAUUUUGAUUUUAACACUUUAUUGGUUACUACAUGAUUCCAUAUGUGUUAUUUCAUGGUUUUGAUGUCUUCACUCCUAUUCUACAAUGUAGAAAAUAGUUAAAAUAAAGAAGUCCUUGAAUUAGUAGGUGUGUCCAAACUUUUGACUGGUACUGUACAUCGUCAGAGCUUGGCAAAUUCUACUACAUCACCUUUUAUUUGAUUUAGUUUAGAAGUUUUUGGUUGACUAGAAUGUAAGUGUUGCUGAGUGGUUUAAUUAACCAGGUGUGAGUGUGUUAGCUGUGGUUUAACCCUUCGUCUCCCCUUCUCUGCAGGUGGAGCUCAUCUCCCACUUUGGAUCAGAACACUUUUGUCCCCUCAGCCUCAUCAGGUUAGAGAUAUGUAUAUAUAUAGGGAGGGAAGGGAGGAGUGGUAGACUGUCAUUUCACUUUUUACAGAUGCAGUGCCGUGAAAAAGUAUUUCCCCCCCUCUGAUUUUCUCUAUUUUUGCAUGUUUUUGAUACUGAAUAUGAUCAGAUCUUCAACCAAAACCUAAUAUUACAUAAAGGGAACCUGAGGUUACAAAUAACCACAAAAAAAGUAUACUUAUAUUAUUUAUUUAAUUAACAAAGUUAUGCAACACCCACUUCCCCCAUGUCAUCCAAAACUGAAGUGCAGCUGGGUCAUGCAGCAAGACAAUGAUCCAAAACACACAAUCAAGUCUACAUGAAAAUGGCUAAAAAGCAACAUAUUUGAAGUUUUGGAAUGGCCUAGUCAAAGUCCAGACCUAAUCCCAAUUGAGACGUUGUGGCAGGACUUGAAACGAGCAGUUCAUGCUUGAAAAACCCACAUGUCGCUGUUACAGCAGCUCUGCAUGGAAGAGUGGGCCAAAAUUCCUCCACAGCGACGUGAGAGAGUGAUCAACAACUACAGGAAACAUUUGGUUGGAGUCAUUGCAGCCAAAGGUGGCACAACCAGUUAUUGAGUGUAAGGGGGCAAUAACUUUUUCACACAGGGUAAUUUGGUGUUUAUGAAAUAAAUGAAAUAAGUGUGUAAUUGUUGUUAUUUGUUCACUCGGGUUCCCUUUAUCUAAUAUUAGGUUUUGGUUGAAGAUCUGAUAACAUUCAGUAUCAAAAAUAUGCAAAAGUAGAGAAAAUUAGAAUAAAAAUGUAUGUCCCCUUUUAACUGGAACAAAGUUCACAUCCACUUAACUGCUGCUACUCUCUGUAGAUAAACUAAAUGUUAAGGUGUACAUUCUCUGUCGAUAAGGUUAAAGGGUUGAGAUGUAUAGAUGAAUGUACAGUUACAGUAUAGACGUUUCCCUGAUGUUGAACCUCUCACUCAAAUCCACAUCUCCUCAGGGCUGGGGUUUGUUUGAGUUAGAUAGUGUAGAGAAUACUAUAGGGAACGGUGUAAUCUCAGCAGCAUGUCAACCCACCUGUCAGUUUUCUGACAAAGUUCAUGUUAGUUUAAGCAUAAUUCUUCCCUUUCAGCUGUAUAUGAAUAAUGUAACCAGAUGUUAGCUGUGUGUGUGUGUGUGUGUGUGUGUGUGUGUGUGUGUUAUAUAACUGUGUGUGUGUGUUUACAGGGUGUUUGGUACCAGUAUGGUGGAGGAAUAUGAAGAGAUCGCAGAUUCUCAGUACCCCUCAGAGAGGCUGGAAUACCUUGAUGAGGACUAUGGUGAGAUGGUACACUGUGUGUGAUAAUCGGUUAUAAAAGAGAUUGUGUUCUCAAUAACGUACCUGAUUAAAUAAUCAUUGUUGUGUUUUUUCAUCUACAGACUACCCUCCUGGGUACCUUCACUCUGAGGACAAGGGGUCUAAAAAUCUGCUGGGCUCUGCCACAAGUACGCACACACACACACACACACACACACACACACACACACACAUCAGAUUGUUUUGAGUCUACAGUGCCUUCAGAAAGUAUUCACACCCCUUGACCUUUUCCACAUUUUGUUGUGUUACAGCCUGAAUUUAAAAGGGAUUAGGUUGAGAUAGUUUCACUGGCCUACACACAAUGCCCCAUAAUGUCAAAGUGGAAUUAAUGUUUUUUUGAGAUAUUUGCCAAUUAAUUACAAAUUAAAAGCUGAAAUUAAUGUCUUGGGUCAAUAAGUAUUCAACCCCCUUCAAGCCUAAAUAAGUACAGGAGUAAAAAUUUGCUCAAUAACGCACAUAAUAAGUUGCAUGGACUCUAUGUGCAAUUAUAGUGUUUAACAUGAUUUCUGAUUGACUACCUCAUCUCUGUACCCCACACAUACAAUUAUCUGUAAAGUCCCUCAGUCAAGCAGUGAAUUUCAAACACAAAGACCAGGGAGGUUUUCCAAUGCCUCGCAAAGAAGGGCACCUAUUGGUAGAUUGAAUAAUCCCUUUGGUGAAGUUAUGAAUUACAUUUGAGUCAUUUAGCAGACACUCUUAUCCAGAGUGACUUACAGUUAGUGAGUGCAUACAUUUUCAUACUGGCCACCUGUGGGAAUCGAACCCACAACCCUGGCGUUGCAAACGCCAUGCUCUACCAACUGAGCUACACGGGACUACACUUUGGAUGUUGUAUAAAUACACCCAGUCACUACAAAGAUACAGGUGUCCUUCCUAACUCAGUUGCUGGAGAGGAAGGAAACCGCUCAGGGAUUUCACUGAGGCCAAUGGUGACUUUAAAACAGUUACAUAUUUUAUUGGCUGUGAUAGGAGAAACUGAGGAUGGAUCAACAACGUUGUAGUUAUUCCACAAAACUAACCUAAUUGACAGUGAAAAGGAAGCCUGAACAGAAUAAAAAAAUAUUCCAAAACAUGCAUCCUGUUUGCAACAAGGGUCUAAAGUAAUACUGCAAAAUGUGGUGAAGCAAUUCACUUUUUGUCCUGAAUACAAAGUGUUAUGUUUGGGGCAAAUCCAAUACAACACAUUACUGCGUACCACUCUCCAUAUUUUCAAGCAUAGUGGUGGCUGCAUCAUGUUAUGGGUAUGCUUGUAAUCGUUAAGGACUGGGGAGUUCUUCAGGAUAAAUGAAUGAACGGAAUGCAGCUCAGUCUGCUUUCCACCAGACACUGGGAGAUUACUUCACCUUUCAGCAGGGCAAUAACCUAAAACACAAGGCCAUAUCUACACUGGAGUUGCUUACCAAGAAGACAAUAAAUGUUCCUGAGUGGCCGAGUUACAGUUUUGACUUAAAUCUACUUGAAAAUCUAUGGCAAGACCUGAAAAUGGUUGAUUAGGAAUGAUCAACAACCAAUUUGACAGAGCUUGAAGAAUUUUGAAAGAAUAAUGGGCAAAUGUUGCACAAUCCAGGUGUGGAAAGCUCUUGUAGACUUACCCAGAAAGACUCACAGCUGUAAUCACCGCCAAAGGUGCUUCUACAAAGUAUUGACUCAGGGGUGUGAAUACUUAUGUAAAUUAGGUAUUUCUGUAUUAAUUUUCAAUACAUUUGCUAACAUUUCUAAAAACAUAUUUUCACUUUGUCAUUAUGGGUUAUUGUGUGUAGAUGGGUGAGAAACAAUCUAUUUAAUCCAUUUUUAAUUCAGGCUGUAACAACAAAAUGUGGAAUAAGUCAAGGGGUAUUUAUAAUCUCUGAAGGCAUUAACAUGGGUAACUUGAUAUCUAACUGGCUGAGCGUCAGUUCUCAACUGUAUCUAAUCACAUCAGAGAAUUGAUCUCCAGAAUUGGCUCUAAAGCAGGCUCUGUAUUUCUUGGAGAAUGGAGAGACUUGAAGCUGCUUUCCUUUUUCAAGUCCUGAAUGUUCCUUCAGUUGCUGUAUUCCCACUCUCACACACACAUUUACACACACACACAGCGGGUUGACGACUGACGUAUAUAACUCCGCUACACACACUGGAGCUCCUGUGUCUUGCACUGCAAUGAGGCUGCAAUCUGAUUGGCUAAGACAUCUCCCCAGUGAAAGAAAACAAGCAGACUCUGACAGGGUACUCUGUAGCCAGGCAGAGACAGGCAGGGGCUGGAGAGAAGUGGUUGGGUAAGGGAAUGGAGAGUCUGAUGGUAAUGCCAAGGCCUGUGGUUUUACAGAUUCCUGUGGGGCCUUCACCUAUUUUACUAAACUACCAGUGAAGGACGACAUUCAUGAUUCUCUCUCUCUCGCUCUCUCUCACUCUCUCUCUCCUUCUGUGUGUGUGUGUCCCUACAGAUGCCAUUCUCAACAUGGUCAACAACAUAGCAGCCAACGUUCUGGGAGGCAAGCCUGAGGAGGGAGGAGCACAGAUAGAAGGUAUGGAUUCUUCUCCCCUUCUCUCUCUCCCCCCUCUCCUUCUUUCUCCCCCUUCUCUCUCUCCUCCACUCUCUUCUCUCCUCUCCUAUACUCCCCUCUUCUCACUCUCCCCAUCCUAUACUCCCCUCUUCUCACUCUCCCCAUCCUAUACAUUCCUUUAA